ACAAUUCCACGCGGUCGGUGCACCCUGCUGACGUUGCCAGUAGCUGUUCUUGUAGUUGAUGUUUUUGAAGGCUCUGUGUUUCUUAUUCUCGCUCUAGUUAAUUUAAUGAGUAACAGACAGAAAGCGUGAUAUUGUAGAUACAGCAUGGCGGACUGCGGAAUAUCAGCGAUACUGUUCGACCUGGAUAACACGCUGGUUGAUACAGCGGGAGCGGGGAAAGUAGCGUUUCAGGAGGUUGGUAAUCUGCUCAAGUGUAAACUGGACCAUGCAAACAUCAACGAUAUCUGUGUGCGAUUUGGUAAAAAACUUCUCAAGGAAUCGUUUAACCCUUCAGCAAGCCAAACCAUAGACGAAGUUCGGAUAAACCACUGGCAGGAGGCCCUCCAGGAAGCAGGUGUGGAUGCUGGCCAAGAUCUGGCCUUAGAAUGUUACUACACUUGGAAGAACACGCGUCUCCAGACUCUGUCUUUACCUCCUGAAUAUUUGGCCUUGCUGAAAAAACUUAGAAGCUCCUACAAGUUGCUGUUGUUGACUAAUGGCGACACCCAGACCCAGAGGGAGAAGGUUGAGGCAGUGGGGUGUGAGGAGCUAUUCGAUGCUGUGGUGGUGGGAGGAGAGCAUGCUGAGCAAAAGCCAGCCACCUCCAUUUUCAUGCACUGCUUUGAGCUGCUGGGGGUGCAGCCGCAUGAGUGCAUCAUGGUGGGAGACUCUUUAGAUACAGACAUUCAGGGUGGGAUUAAUGCAGGGGUCCGAGCAACAGUGUGGAUUAACAAGAAAAAUACGCCACCUCCACAGAAUAUCACUCCAGAUUACAACAUCCCCUGUGUACUGGACCUGCCUGACAUUUUGGCUAAUCUGAGAUGUUAUUUAUUACAUAAGGCUAACUCUCUUUUUAGUAGAGCAUACCAAUCAGAGAUGUCACAGAUACAGUGAUUGGUAAUUAUCUUAAAGUUUCUAUAUAAAGGAAUCAGAAUGUAUACAUUUGCAGGGUUUUUACUUUGAUAAACCAUAGACAUUUAAUUCUCCAAUUGAUCAUUUUUCUGUAUUGAACCUGACAUUUAUUUAUAUGCACUUUGAUGCAGGUUUUGUUUAAAGCCUCUUCUUCUGUUCAAUAAAAAUCCUUUCAUUGCACAUUAAAAUGAAUCAAGCUAAUUAAUAAUCACCCCAUUAUAGUGUGGGUUGUACUGUAUAAAUAUAUUUUUAAAUGUGUAAAAAACUGAAUAAAUCUUCUUUUAUUAAUGUGUAAUUUAUAAAAGCUAUGUUGUCCAGUGUGUGCAAUUGUAAACAUAAUUUUACUGGUUUUAAAUAAACUAUAAAAAAAACUGA